UAUCUAUUUUCAAUUCCAGUCUAUGAUACUAAGGAAUCUAAAUUAUUUGAUCUUGUGACCAGACCAGUUGUGUUUUCCGAACAUUGGUUUUUGUGGCACUUCAAAUUAUUGAAAACGAGAAUGUCGUCAAAAGAUAGAAUUCCAAUUUUUCCUUCGCGAGGUGCCCAGAUGCAAAUGAAAGCCCGUCUGGCUGGUGCCCAUAAAGGUCACGGGUUGCUUAAGAAGAAAGCCGAUGCACUCCAAAUGAGAUUUCGUAUGAUCCUUAGCAAGAUAAUUGAGACUAAAACUUUGAUGGGGGAAGUUAUGAAAGAGGCAGCUUUCUCCUUAGCGGAGGCCAAAUUCCUUUCUGGAGACUUCAAUCAGGUUGUAUUGCAAAACGUUACCAAGGCCCAAAUUAAAAUUCGAACCAAAAAAGAUAAUGUUGCUGGUGUAACAUUGCCAGUGUUCGAAUCUUAUCAGGAUGGGAGUGAUACGUAUGAACUAACAGGUUUGGCCAAGGGUGGUCAGCAAAUGCAGAAGCUGAAAAAAAAUUACCAAAGUGCUGUCAAGUUAUUGGUAGAGCUGGCUUCCCUUCAAACAUCAUUUGUCACUUUGGAUGAAGUUAUCAAAAUCACCAAUAGACGAGUUAAUGCUAUUGAACACGUGAUAAUUCCAAGAAUCGAUCGCACAUUAGCGUACAUUAUUUCAGAAUUGGAUGAACUUGAGAGAGAAGAAUUUUACCGUUUAAAAAAAAUACAGGAUAAAAAACGUAUUGCCAAAAAGAAAGAAGAAGCUCGGAAGGCAGCAUUGCUGGAGAAAGGUAUCGAUGUUCGAAGUCAGGCAAACCUGCUCGAUGAAGGUGAUGAUGAUAUUCUAUUUUAAAAAUCACACAUGCUAAGCCUCCCCAUAAAAAGUAAGGAGGUUUGAAAAGAAAAACAGUAAAAGGUUUUGAGUAAACACAUGUAAUAUUAUGUUACAUAAUAAUAUUGUUAUUGUAAAAUAUUUUUAACUUCCCCUAUGUUAUGUCUGCGCAGUCAAAAGAGAUAUCCGCUUUUUUCGAUAAGUUUCGCUUUAUCAAUAAAAUAAAAUAUAUAU